AUGGGCUCGGGCAGCACGCUGAAGUUCGCGGUGUGUGAGGUCCUGCAAUUUGCGGGUCUCAGUGUGCCGCUCUUGAUCAUCAUGCAGAGGUUUGCGGUCAUUGUCGCCAAAGUGAAAAGUUCUGUGGAUCCCGUUGGCGACAGCAACACUGCCUACUGGUUGAUCGUGGCAGCCUCUAUUGCCUACGUCACCUCGACUGCUCUUCUGGUCUGGGUGCCCCUCAAGUUUAUGGUGUUUACCAAGAUGAAGAUUCUCAUUGGAAGAAAGAAAUGGAGGCCUGUGGCUCUUGUGUAUGUGAUCCUCUCGACAUUACCCUGUUUCACCUUCCUCAUUGCCAGCUCAGAGGUUCAGAUCCGUAACAAACUGAGGCACGACACGUUCACGGAGCUCCCUGUGUCCCUUGUUCUCUUCUCCCUCAUCUGCAUCGAUGUGGUGGAAAGAAUACGACACUGCACUCUCACUGGCCGUGCUAAUGGUGGUUGCAGAGAUCCUGACAUCCCGACCUCCGGCCUCACACAUGUGGAGCAGGUAGCAUCUGUCAGGCCUGCAGUACCUGGGCAGCCUGUCGCUGCUUCCUUACCGCAAAAUCUGGUCCAUGACAGAAAUCAGACGAGAGCCAGUCGACCAGAGUCUAAUGGAACUGGCCCUCUGCGGCCUGGCAACACUGGAAGGCCAUUUUGCAUAUCUGGGUUGAACUUGGGGGACACACCAGAACAAACCACGUCUCCUCAUGACUAUACAGGUCCCCUGCGGUUUCUCUGUGCCAGUGAUAGCCGUGCUGAGGUUUUUGUUGAUGGCUUCAUGUUCUGGCUGGACACAGUGGAGAUGACCAGGGUAGCAGGACACCCCUUGAUCUGCUACUCCGGAUGGGCGUUCCCCAUAUAUGUGUUGUGCUACCUGUCCUGCUUGCGGGUGGUUGUGAUGCCCCACAGCCCACUGCUCUCAACACUUGGAGUAGUCCUGCAAGAUUUUCCUUUUUUCUUUGUGCGUGUUUGCCUUGUUGUAAUAUUCGGUUAUGUCACACCUAUCCUCUACAUGAUGAAGAACCUGUUGGUGUGUCUGGCAUUCAUUUACUUCAACUUCAUGACCAAGCUGAGAGUCUUCAACACAGAGAGGAUGUACUUUUGA